AUGACUUUUUCCUUUGCAGUGUCAAUAGGAGGACACGGCGUGUCGGGCCUUCAGAAGCUGCAGACCUCGGAGGACACGGUAAUCACCGUGGACGCCAAGGCCGCCGGCAAGGGCAAGGUCACCUGCAAGGUCCUGACCCCGCAAGGGAUGGAGCUGGACAUGGACGUGGUGGAGAACCGCGACGGGACCUUCGACAUUUACUACACGGCCCCCGAGCCUGGGAAAUACGUCAUCACCAUUCGCUUCGGAGGGCAGAACAUCCCUAAAAGCCCCUUCCACGUGGUGGCCUCAAAUGAGCCCGUGGCCCCGCGGGACACCGUGGAUCCUCUCUUCAGGCCCGUCAGCUUCCUCGUGCCCUUCACGCCGCAGCAAGGAGAGAUCUCAGGCGAGGUGCGGAUGCCCUCGGGCAAGACCGCCCGUCCGCACAUCACCGACAAUAAAGACGGCACCAUCACCAUCAAAUACCAGCCCACGGAGAGAGGGCUGCACGAGAUGGACAUCAAAUAUGAAGGCAACCACAUUCCAGGAAGCCCGCUGCAGUUCUUUGUGGACGCGGUCAACAGUGGAGUGGUGUCGGCCUACGGUCCUGGUCUGAGUUACGGGAUGGUCAACAAAGCGGCCACCUUUACUGUGAUCACCAAGAAUGCAGGAGAAGGCGGUCUGUCGCUAGCAGUGGAGGGUCCCUCCAAGGCAGAGAUCACCUGUAAGGACAACAAGGACGGCACCUGCGCCGUGUCCUACCUGCCCACGGCGCCCGGAGACUACAACAUCAUUGUCAAGUUUGACAACAAGCACAUUCCCGGCAGCCCGUUCACCGCCAAGAUCACCGGGGACGACACCAUUACCAGGACUUCGCAGCUGAACGUGGGCACGUCCGCCGACGUCUCGCUCAAGAUCGCCGAAACGGACCUGAGCUCGCUCAGCGCGAGUAUCCGGGCGCCGUCGGGCAACGAGGAACCCUGCCUGCUCAAAAGGCUGCCCAACAGACAUCUUGGUAUCUCCUUCACCCCGAAGGAAGUUGGCGAGCAUGAAGUGAGCGUGAGGAAGAACGGCGUGCACGUGGCCAACAGCCCUUUCAAGAUCAUGGUCGGACAGUCGGAGAUCGGCGAGGCCAGCCGGGUCAAAGCUUUCGGCAAAGGCCUGGUGGAGGCGCACACCUUCGAGAUGGCCGAGUUCUUUGUGGACACGAGGAACGCAGGUUAUGGUGGACUCGCGUUGUCCAUCGAGGGUCCGAGCAAAGUGGACAUCAACUGUGAAGAUAUGGAGGACGGGACGUGCAGAGUCACCUACUGUCCGACAGAGCCCGGAAAUUACACCGUCAACAUCAAGUUUGCAGAAAAGCACAUCCCAGGGAGUCCGUUCACAGUCAAGGUGACCGGCGAAGGAAGGAUCAAGGAGAGCAUAACCAGGAAGAGACAAGCGUCUUCUAUCGCUUCAGUGGGAAGCACCUGUGGACUAAACCUCAAGAUUCCAGGAAACUGGUUCCAGAUGGUGUCCGCCCAGGAGAGACUAACGAGGACGUUCACCCGCAGCAGCCACACCUACACCCGCACCGAGCGCACAGAGAUCAGCAAAACCCGCGGCGGUGAGACCAAGCGGGAGGUCCGGGUGGAGGAGAGCACCCAGGUGGGCGGAGGAGGAAGCCCCUUCAGAGAUGUGUUUGGAGACUUCCUGGGCCGAGAGAGCCUCAGCAGCUUCGCCGGCAUCACCGCCAGACCUGAGGCGGAGGGAGGCUCGCAGGCCAUGACAGCCCAGGUGACCAGCCCCAGCGGGAAGAUAACGGACGCCGACCUGGUGGACGGAGGAAACAGCACCUACAGCGUGCGCUUCAUCCCCCAGGAAAUGGGGGCGCACACUGUCAACGUCAAGUACAGGGGCCAGCAUGUCCCCGGGAGCCCCUUCCAGUUCACCGUGGGGCCCAUGGGGGAGGGAGGGCCGCACAAGGUCCGUGCCGGAGGCUCCGGGCUGGAGAGAGGCGUGGCUGGAGCACCUUCUGAAUUUAGCAUCUGGACCAGAGAGGCCGGUGCUGGAGGGCUUUCCAUUGCCGUCGAGGGGCCGAGCAAGGCGGAGAUAUCCUUUGAGGACAGGAAGGACGGUUCCUGCGGCGUCUCCUACAUUGUAAAAGAACCAGGUGACUACGAGGUGUCAAUUAAGUUCAACAACGAGCACAUCCCCGACAGCCCCUUCAUUGUUCCCAUCGCGACGCUGUCAGACGAAGCCCGCAGGCUCACCUUCACAAGCCUGCAGGAGAAGGAUUUGAAGGUAAACCAAGAAGCCUCGUUUAUGGUGCAGCGCAGCGGGGCUCGCGGCGCGGUGGACGCCAAAGUGCACACCCCCUCCGGCUGCUCCGAGGAAUGUUAUGUCACCGAGCUGGAUGGCGACAAAACCGCAAUCCGCUUCAUUCCACGGGAGAACGGCGUUCACUCCAUAGACGUCAAGUUCAACGGGUGCCACAUUCCCGGCAGCCCCUUCAACGUGCGGGUGGGAGACCCGGGGCUGAUUGGAGAUCCGGGCAUGGUGACCGCGCACGGCCCCGGCCUGCUGGGCGGAACCACAGGUGUGCCCUCGGAGUUUGCGGUCAACACUUGCAACGCCGGCCCGGGCACCUUAUCGGUCAACAUCGACGGGCCGUCCAAGGUGAAGAUGGACUGCUGCGAGUCUCCCGAAGGCUACAAAAUCACCUACAUCCCCAUGGCGCCCGGAAACUAUCUCAUCACCAUCAAAUACGGCGGGCCGCAGCACAUCAUGGGCAGCCCCUUCAAAGCCAAAGUCACAGGCGCCCGACUCUCUGGCGGCCACAGCCUCCACGAGACGUCAUCCGUCCUGGUUGAGACCGUUACCAAAUCCUCCAAAGUGGGCGGCGCCUACAGCUCCGCCUCCUCCUCCUCCUCGUCCACCACCGCCACGUCCAAGCUGACGUCCGACGCCAGCAAGGUGGUCUGUCGCGGGACGGGUCUGAGCAAGGCGGCGGUGGGCCAGAAAAACAAUUUCACAGUCGACUGCGGCAAAGCAGGCAGCAACAUGCUGAUGGUGGGCGUGCACGGCCCCCAGACUCCGUGCGAGGAGGUGUACGUCAAGCACAUGGGCAACAAGCUCUACAACGUCACCUACACCGUCAAGGACAAGGGCAGCUACACCCUCAUCGUCAAGUGGGGCGACGACAACGUCCCCGGGAGCCCCUACAAGGUGGCCGCGCCCUGAAGGCCGCCGCGCCUUCUGGCCACCGCCACGUUUCGGGGGGGCGCCGCUCCUCCACUUUUAGACUGAAUACAAAUUGACAGCGCCGACGUUUACGUGUGCCAAAUUCUAGCUUAGGGGCGUGGUUUACGAGUGACGUUUGUUUGGCCCCUCCCCCUUUCUCGUCUCCCUGUCAUGCAGGUGUCAUCUGUGAAUGUUUAUGGGGAAUAGCUGGUGUGGUCCGCCGGGGUUGAAGUGUGGCACCAUGUGGUUUUUGUAUGAUCCAAAGACGGAACGAUUGCCUUUUUUGUUAUAUUAACCUUAUUUUUGCAGACUUAAUAA